AUGGGUCCUCGAGUCAAAAGGCGCCGCCUGACGGACCCGGAAGAUUUCAGCGACGAUAUCUGCCAGCCUGCGUCCCGUUUGGAAAAAGACAGCUGGAAUGGAUUUUGCGAAAUCGAAUCAGAACCGGCCUUGUUUAAUGUGAUGCUACGUGACUUUGGGGUCAAGGGUGUAAAGAUCCAAGAGGUCGUUUCUCUUGACGAAGAAAUGAUGGCGUUCCUCAAUAAUCCUGUUUACGGCUUGAUCUUUCUCUUCCGCUGGCGUGAAGAUAACGAUGGAAAGCAGGAAGCAACUUGCCCUGACGGGCUGUGGUUCGCAAACCAGACCGCCAACAAUGCUUGUGCGAGCGUAGCACUAUUAAACAUUGUCAACAACAUCCCAGAUAUUGAUUUGGGAGAGAAUCUACGGUCUUUCAAGGAAUUCACGAUGCCUUUCACCCCAGCCCUGCGUGGAGAUGCAAUUAACAACUUUGAGUUCGUCAAAAGAAUACACAACUCAUAUGCACGAAAAAUGGAUAUUCUCAAUUCAGAUCUGCAGCUGAAGACUGAAGCUACCACUAGGAAGAAAGGGUCCAAGGGCCAGGCUGCUGAAGAGGCUGAUGCCACCUUUCAUUUCAUUGCAUUUAUGCCUGUGAUGGGCCAGCUGUGGAAGUUUGAUGGGUUGGAGCGACAGCCACGAGCACUUGGUACGCACCACAACAAACAUGCUGGGACGGCCUUGCUAACUCUAGUAGGGGAAUGUUCUGAAGACGACUGGUUGGAACUGGUCAAGCCCAAUCUACUGGAUCGAAUGGCUGCAUAUGAAGAAGAAGAAAUUGAAUUCUCAAUUUUAGGACUCGUGCGGGAUCCUCUACCUGAUCUCAUCAACGACUUGGCUAUUAACGUGAGAACCUUGGAAAUUCUCAACCAGCGUGCCACAUCCCUGUGCCCAUCAUCAGAUACACUCGCUUUGGAUGAAACUGUACUUGGUCCUGACCCUUCCGUAUCUCUGACACGUGAAGAUAUCGAUGCGGCAGUGAUCCCCCAGGAAACCCUCGAUGAUUACCAGGCAUGCUCCGAUGAGAAGCUGCAGGAAUAUCAGCAGAUGAUACGCAGGAGACAACGAGAACUUCGUGCACGCAUUCGUGAAGAACAGCAAUCCCACCGGUCGGAUGACGAGUAUGCAGCCGGACGGCGGUUUGACUAUGGGCCAGCGGUACGGACGUGGCUUCGACGCUUGGCGCAGAAACAGCAAUUGCAGGAACUGUCCGCCCUCGUGGCCUACUGA